AUGGACCACUCCAUGAGCCACACGAGCGGCAUGAGCGGCAUGAGCGGCAUGAGCUCCUCCAGCUCCGGAUCCGGCAUGACGAUGGUCUUCACCGAUGCCCACACCACGCCUUUGUUUUCCUCUGCAUGGGCACCCUCCUCAUCAGGGGCCUAUGCUGGCACUUGUAUAUUCCUCAUUGUGCUGGCAAUUAUCGACCGUUGCCUCAUCGCCUUCAAGGCUACUAUGGAACGCCAGUGGCUGGCCACCCACCUCAAGCGCCGCUACAUCGCCAUCUCGGGCACGACUACAGAGGCCGGGCGCAUCAACUCAGAUCCAGAUGCUAAAAUCGCGUCCCUCGUCACAGCUCAAGGCGUGGAGGAGUCGGUUAAGAUCGUGCACAGCGUCUCUGAAGGACCGAUUCCUUGGCGUUUUAGCGUCGACUUGCCGCGGGCUUUGCUGUUUCUCUGCAUUGCUGGUGUAUCAUAUCUACUCAUGUUAGCCGUCAUGACGAUGAAUAUCGGCUACUUCUGCUCUGUUCUUACAGGUGCUUUCAUUGGUGAACUGGCCGUCGGCCGAUACAUCCAAAACUCCAAGCAUGGGCAUUAA